AUGAAAGUAAGGCGUGGGCACGUUGGAAUGAUCCCGCUUUUCAAGCUCAACCUCGAGAGAUUUUCGCCGGUCCAGUUCGAUAUAAUUGACCUCUAUGUGGUGCACUCCCGCUUCUUCAUACCCGGAAGAAGUUUGAGCUGCUCCCAGGGACAGCUUUUGCUGCCGGAUGAAGGUCUUACGUGUACUUCGUCUCGAGGAGAUUCCUCGAACGUUCCAACUUCAAAUGAGGAAUGCUCAUCCAAGACUGACGGGCAGGAUUCGAACCACCUGUGCCACCUGUCUUGGAAACCGAUGACAGUAGCUCCUGCUUAUGGGAAGACAUGGGAGUCCACGUGGGCUCUUUGA